AUGGCGUCGCCUUCGAGAAACAAAAACGACUCGAACCUGCAGCUGCUCUCCUCGUCGCCCAUGUCGUUGCAGCCGCAAAUCUACUCCUCCUCGCUCCCGCGCGAUGAAGUCACCGCCCGCCUCGCCGCCCCCAUCCCCGCCGAGACGCCGCCCCUGAUCCGCAGCGGCUCGCCCAAACCCGGCGCCUUUGACAACAACGACGCCGGCAGCAUCGCUGGCGGCUCCUACAGCCAGGGGCCCGGCACCUCGGCCCUCGCCGCCGCCCUCGCCGACUCCCUCGGCCAGUCGCCGCUUCGACACGGCACGCCCCCCGUCCGCCUCGCCUCGCCGCGCCCGCUCUCGCCCUCCAACCUGCCCCUGCAGGCCGCCACGCCCACAAACUACGGCUCCUUUGACUCGAGGCGCAUGUACAUGGGCGGUGGUAGUAGUGUCGGCGGCCUGGCCAGCACAGCCCCGUACGAGGACGCCGAGAUUGUCAAGCGUCACUUGGUGCAGCCCAGCGAGGCCGAGACCGGCGGCGGCCCCUCGGAGGCAUCAUCCGUCCACGGCACCGUCAAGGGCAAGCAGCCCGAGCAGGCCGCCGUCGGCACCGCCGGCGGCCUCAACGCCGACGAGUUCUCCAGCCUGCGCCUCCAGGGCGGCGACGUCACGCGCGGCAUCUACAAGUGGACCGAGCAGGCCGAGGCUAAGAGCCGCCUGCAUCGCAGCCAGAGCUUCGACCACGCCCGACCCGAGCCCGAGAACGAGGUCGAGGACAUCAACACUAUCAAAGUCCCGGGCGGAUUCCGCCGCGACCACUUGCGCCGCAACGCCAAGAGCCCCUCAGGCAACGCCUCCGAGGCGGAGCACGGCGUGCCCUCCCCGGGCGGGCCUUCGGCCAACGACCGCCUCUUCACCUCGAGCUUUCUCGAGUUCCUGUCCAUCUACGGCCACUUUGCGGGCGAGGAGCUGGAGGAGGACGACGAGGCGCUUGGCCCCGACGAGUACUUUGGCGACGACGACCAUGAAGACGAUGCCGACAACGAGCGCGAGCCCAUGGAGGACAGCGCGCUGCUGCCCCCGCACAAGCGCAAGCGCAGACGCAAGGUGCGUGGCGGCAGCGGCCAAAACAGCCCCAUGAACGCCGCCCUGCUGCUGCUCAAGUCGUUUGUCGGCACCGGCGUCCUCUUCCUGCCCAGGGCCUACCUCAGCGGCGGCAUGCUGUUUAGCAACCUCGUACUACUCGGCGUCGCGCUCCUGAGCUACUACUGCUUCGUCCUGCUCGUCUCGACGCGCCUCAAGAUUGAAGGCUCCUUUGGCGACAUGGGCGGCAUCCUGUACGGCAAGUGGCUGCGCGGCGUCAUCCUCUUUUCCAUUGUCCUCAGCCAGAUUGGCUUCGUCGCCGCCUACAUUGUCUUUACCUCGGAGAACCUGCAGGCCUUUAUCAAAGCCGUCUCGGACUGCAAGACGUCCAUUAGCAUCCCGUACCUGAUCCUGAUGCAAAUGGUCAUCUUCCUGCCCUUUUCCCUGCUCCGCGACAUUGGCAAGCUUGGCUUCACCGCGCUCGUCGCCGACGCUUUUAUCCUCAUCGGCCUCGGCUACCUGUUCUACUACGACGUACUGACCCUCGCCACCGACGGCCUCGCCGACAUCAUCAUGUUCAACAAGCGCGACUGGACCCUCUUCAUCGGCACCGCCAUCUUCACGUUUGAGGGCAUCGGCCUCAUCAUCCCCAUCCAGGAGUCGAUGAAGCACCCUGCCAAGUUUCCGCGCGUCCUCUUCCUCGUCAUGAUCAUCAUCACCGUCCUCUUCACCACCAUGGGUGCCUUUUCCUACGCCGCCUACGGCUCCAAGACGGAGACGGUCGUCCUCCUCAACUUGCCCCAGGACAACAAGCUCGUCAACACGGUCCAGCUGCUAUACUCCGUCGCCAUCCUGCUCUCCACACCCCUGCAGAUUUUCCCCGCCAUCCGCAUCGUCGAGACGGAGCUGUUUACGCGUAGUGGCAAGUACAACCCCUACAUCAAGUGGCAGAAGAAUGUGUUUCGCUUCUUCGUCGUCAUGCUCUGCGCUGGCAUUGCCUGGGGUGGUGCCGACAACCUCGACAAGUUUGUCGCCCUGGUCGGCAACUUUGCCUGCAUCCCUCUCGUCUUCAUCUAUCCGCCGCUCCUCCACUACAGAGCCGUCGCGAGAAGCCGCCUGUGGAAGUAUUCGGACAUUGUCCUCUGCAUCUUUGGCUUCUUCGCCAUGACGUAUACCACCUCGCUCACCGUCAUGAGCUGGGCCAACUCGCAGCCCAAGGCGCCCGGUUACUGCGAGCGACGCGGCCUCGGAGUCGACGCGUGGUAA